UGGACUCCUGGACUCCUUGAAUUAUUGACUCUGUUUUCUACAGCGCAGAAGAAAGCAAGCAAGGCUCAGUAUUUCCAUUAUUAGCGUCUGUCGCGUGUGGUCUGGCUUACAAUGAAGUUAGAUCCUACUGUUUUGCGUACCAUGAGCAAAGAGGACUUUCGAGUUCUCGAAGCUGUAGAAAAGGGCAUGAAAGAUCAUGCUUUGGUGCCAUUGCCACUUACAACUUCCAUUGCCAAUCUGCGACACGGAGGGGCCCACAAAAUAGUUUCCAGUCUAUUACGUGAUAAGCUAUUGAGUCAUGAGCGAACAAAGAACGGAUACGAUGGAUACCGUGUUACGAAUGCUGGAUACGAUAUUUUGGCGCUCCAGAAUCUCAAAGCUAGGAAAAUUGUCGCUGCUCUCGGUCAGCGGAUCGGCACCGGAAAAGAAAGCGACGUCUAUCUUGCGGUCGAUCUUUCGGGUCAACAAAUUGUGUUGAAAUUUCACCGAUUGGGUCGAACGUCUUUUAGAAACGUCAAGAAGAAGCGGGACUAUUUUGGAAACGCUGCACAACAAGCGCAUUCCUGGCUGUUUCUUAGCACACUUUCGGCUUUGAAAGAGUUCGCUUUUAUGAAAGCACUUUACGAUGUUCAUUACUCUACACCGGUACCGAUUGCACACAAUCGACAUAUUGUCGCCAUGGGCCUUGUCCGUGGCGUCCCUCUAUAUCAAGUUUUUCCAAAACAGCUUUCUGCGGAGCAGGCGGCCGACAUUUAUGAGCAGGCGAUUGCUUUGGCGGCUCGGUUAGCUAAACACGGGCUCGUCCAUUGUGACUUGAAUGAAUUUAACCUACUGGUUGAUUUAUCCGAACCGAUCGCCCGUCUGGAUAAUGGCGAUCCGAAACCGGUUGUGACGUUAAUUGACUUUCCUCAAAUGAUUUCUACGAAGCAUCCGAAUGCUCAGGAGUUGUAUGAGCGAGACUUGGCAUGCCUGCGAAGAUUUUUUGAACUGAAAAUUCAGUGCACUAUA